CCUUCGCUCUCAACGACCUCACCGACCACCAUGCAGUCCCUCGUCGCGGCUCGUUCCAGUGUUCUCAAGCAGUCUCUCCGCGGGUUUGCGUCCUCCGCAGCGCGCGCACAGGCUGCACCGCUCCAGAAGCCUGUCUUGAACAAGGAGUUCAAGAUCUAUCGCUGGAACCCCGAUGAGCCGUCGCAGAAGCCGACAUUGCAGACGUACACCAUCGACCUGAACCAGUGCGGGCCUAUGGUGCUGGAUGCGCUCAUCAAGAUUAAGAACGAGAUUGAUCCUACGCUCACCUUCCGUCGGUCAUGCCGCGAGGGUAUCUGCGGGUCGUGCGCCAUGAACAUCAACGGCCAGAACACGCUGGCGUGCCUCUGCAGGAUCGACAGGAACACCGGCAAGGACACCAAGAUCUACCCCCUCCCCCACAUGUACAUCGUCAAGGACCUUGUCCCCGACCUCACUCAAUUCUACAAGCAGUACAAGUCGAUCGAGCCCUACCUCCAGAACGACAACCCACCAGCGGACCGGGAGUUCUUGCAGUCGCAAGAAGACAGGAGGAAGCUUGACGGCAUGUACGAGUGCAUCUUGUGUGCGUGCUGCUCGACCUCCUGUCCCAGCUACUGGUGGAACCAGGAUGAAUACCUUGGUCCGGCGACCCUCAUGGCUGCUUACCGUUGGAUGGCGGAUUCCCGGGACACCUACAAGGCGCACCGUAAGGAGAAAAUGCAGAACGAGCUCAGUCUCUACCGUUGCCACACGAUCUUCAAUUGCGCGCGCACGUGUCCCAAGGGCCUGAACCCCGCCGCUGCCAUCGCGAAGAUGAAGCUCGAGCUCGCUGCCGAGUAAGCACCUCAACAGGCGAUGUGGGGUAUAGCAUGUGCGACGGCUGCACGUUCGUUGCAGAACAUAUCCACAAGGUCGUAUCGCUAGCCUCUCGUUGUGUGUUGUAAUUCUUUACAGUAUUCUGGAUCGUUCUCCAAAUGCCGCGCUUGUGCUGCCUGACGGGAACGGGAACGGAGGAGCGUCACGGAAUAGUGUGCGUAAUGCGCGUCAAAGGAUCCGAAUAUUACUGUCAACAACAGAUAUACGGAGGUCUCGUCCCCUCCACGGUUCUCAUGCUGUCUUGUUCUGUGCCGUUACAGCUGAUCCGCCGUAGCUUCUUAGGCCAAAGUGUCGCUAGUCCAUGUGGCCUAUGUCGUUGUCCGUCUGGCAAGCAAAGCGUCUCGACAUGGCGUAACCGUAACAAGUGUCAUAGCCUGAUUCCGGUGGGUGCGACAGUCGUAGUACCUGAGUUGUUCUGCGUUCUCAUCGGGCUGGAGUUGUAAUUCGCGUUGCGACUUCAGCCUUCUCCCGUCAUCAGUGGGCAUGUGGGAAUACGGAAGCUAUGCGUCUUCAUCAUUCAGUGAGUUCUCAUAAUCUGGAGACAUCUGCGUACGUGGAUUGGUCAUGGAUACGGACCCAGGUUCGGGUUCUAGCGCAUUCAGUGUUGAAGGGACGCAUUUAGUUGCUAUCGAGUCGCUAUCGCCCUUCGUAGGAGGAUGUUCCGCGUCAUCUUCCCACCUACUGUCGGGCCAACAGUUCACCCUGCGACUCUAUUCAGUCAAGGCUACUUGCCUCGAGGAUCAGCAAAAGAGAAGUCCUCCUUAGCCAAGGCCCAAAAGCUAUCGAAAGACCUGGUCCGCGUGGGUGACGGACUACUCUCGGGUCAAGCGAGGGUGAAUUAAGGCGCACUGGUGCAUCCCCCCUAUUUUCAAUCGCGUGGUUGAGCAGAGCCAUCUCGUGACUUGGCGCGAUUCAUGACCAGUCAAACGUGACCUGCAGAAGGCCCUGAACGUUUGAGGUGCUGCAUCGCUGUUGUCAGAUGGGCAGACCACGGGGCCCAAGAACGCGCCCCGCCAUGUCUGGCCUUCCGGAUCCUCCCUUCGAUAUCAGGGUUGCGCCCUUCUGCCAUCCUAGAAAUGCCAUAGGGAUGUUCGAUAACCGCCGGAAGUGCCACUUCCUGACUGGAGCGUUCCCACAAGAGACGUGUGAAGACGGAGGAAGGUAGCCACGUUUCGUCAGCUCAUCCUCCCGAAAUAUCUACUCGUCGACCACCUUUACAGACCUCUCUCGAGGAUUCAGACGUCUGGGUCAACUGUCAGGCCAAGGGUGAUGUGGAGAAUGCGGUCAUAGGCAACGUACCAGGCUUCAGCCGGACUCGCCCGCGGUGGUGCAUCACAAGGUUAUUUUGGCGCAGCAGACGCGAGAGAUCGUCCAUCGGGAUGCCGAAUCUUCGGUCACGGAUUCGCUGCGAUUCUUACUCAACGCGGCCGCCAAAGCCUUCACAUAGAGCGUGGGGUUAGAUCCCGGGCCCUGCUGACAUCGGGUUCUCCACUCCAUAGGGACGCGUCUGUUGGAGUCUCACAAUGGACCGAGACUUUCCGCGGGCCUCCCCAGCCUACAAAUAGGAUGCGACCCGUUUGUGGAGAAUCUCUACGAGCUGUUCCCAGCCCUCAUCCUCCCACAUCCCAACCAUCCACUUUGACCCCAAACCGCAAUGCCAUCUGCGCAAGUGUUCAACAACAAGGACGGUGCCCUCUACACGACGUCGACGGGUGCGCCCGUCGCGCGGCCGUACGCUGCUGAGCGCAUCGGCAAGAUCGGUCCUCUGUUGCUGCAAGACUUCCACCACAUCGAUCUCCUCGCCCACUUCGAUCGCGAGCGUAUCCCUGAGCGUGUUGUCCACGCCAAGGGUGCCGGUGCCCAUGGUGUCUUCGAGGUCACGCACGACAUCACGGACUUGACGUCUGCCGCGCUCUUCAGCAGCGUCGGCAAGAAGGCGCCGCUCACCAUACGUUUCUCGACCGUCGGUGGCGAGUCGGGCUCUGCGGACACCGCGCGUGAUCCCCGUGGUUUCGCGAUCAAAAUCAAGACGGAGGAGGGCAACCUCGACUGGGUGUUCAACAACACCCCCGUCUUCUUCAUCCGUGAUCCGGCCAAGUUCCCGCACUUCAUCCACACCCAGAAGCGUGACCCGCAGACGCACCUCAAGGAUGCUGACAUGUUCUGGGACUAUCUCUCUCAAAACCCGGAGUCGAUCCACCAGGUCAUGAUCCUGUUCUCCGACCGUGGGACGCCCGUUGGCUACCACAACAUGCACGGUUACUCAGGCCACACCCUCAAGUUCGUCAACGCCGAGGGCAAGUUCCACUACGUCCAAGUCCACGUCCGCAAGGACGGUGGUUUCAAGACGUUUGACAACGAGACAGCCGGAAAGCUCGCGGGGGAGAACCCCGACUUUGGUAUCCAGGCGUUGUUCGAGGACAUCGAGGCGGGCAAGUUCCCGACGUGGACCGUCUACGUCCAAACCAUGACCCCCGAACAGGCUGAGAAGUUCCGCUACAACAUCCUGGACUUGACCAAGGUUUGGCCACACUCGGAGUUCCCACUCCGCCCCAUUGGCAAGAUCACGCUCAACAAGGCUCCCGACAACUACUUCGCCGAAAUCGAGCAGGCCGCGUUCUCGCCAUCGCACCUCGUGCCUGGCAUCGAGCCCUCUGCCGACCCCGUCCUCCAGUCGCGUCUCUUCUCUUACCCCGACACUCACCGUCACCGUCUUGGUGUCAACUACAGCCAGCUCCCCGUCAACGCGCCCGUCGCACCAGUUGCGAACUUCCAGCGCGACGGUUUCAUGGCGUUCAACAACCAGGGCCCCCGCCCUAACUACCAGAGCUCCAUCGCGCCGCUCAACUACAAGGCGAAGCCCUACGAGAACGUCGAACACGAGGUCUUCCUUGGCACUGCCCAGGCCGACCUUAGCGAGAUCACUGAGCUCGACUUCGAGCAGCCCCGCGCGCUUUGGCAGAAGGUCUUCAGCGACACCGACAGGGAGCACUUCGUGCACAACGUCGCCGUCCACCUCGUAAACGCGAAGAGUGCCGAGGUCAAGGCCAGGCAACUGUCCGUGUUCGCUGCCGUCGACCAGGAGAUCGCGGACCGCAUCGCAAAGGCGAUCGGCGUGCCGACCGUCAAGCCCCUCCAGGUGAAGACCGCGAGCGAGGCCGUUCGCUUCAAGUUCCGCGCUGUCUGAGCUUGGGCUGAAUCUGGCUAGCAUGUGAAGGGGUCGUUUGGUGAAUGGACCAUGUUUUGUACGAGCGUCACGAUCAAAUGUACAGAGUAAACUGCAACACGUUGUAUUCUAGCUGGAAAAUUCCACGUUGGCUUCAUGCACUUUAUGUUUCC